AUGGAAAACAAACCAGAAUCAACGUAUUACAUUCCAAGAAAAACUGCGACAGAAACUAGAAUCGUAAGUACAACCAAUUCAUGCAUGAAACUAGUGCAAGAUGUCUGGUUAAACGAGUCGACGAAGAACAAGAAUUUUGUAUUUUCUCCAUUAUCAAUAGACACUGCUCUAGGUUUACUUGCAUCUGGAGCAAGUGGUGAAACCUUGAAACAAAUAUUAGGCUUCCUCAACUCUGAAAGCCUCGACAAUCUGAAUUCUGCUAAUUCUAAACUCAUUGACUCGUUAUGUGGGACACGGAAGGAACCCAAACUUGCUUUUGUUAAUGGUGCUUGGAUUGAUGAAUCUUGUCCUAUUAAACCCACAUUCAAAGAAGUUGCCACCGCGGUAUAUAAAGCAGAAGCUGAAGGAUUUCAAAAACCAGCAACAUAUGAAAAUGCUCGUUCUCCAAUUUUCUGUAUGCAUAUAAUUUUACCUGAACGACGAUAUGGGCUUGGUGAACUUAUAACUAAGUUGAGUUCUAAUCCCACUCGUUUUCUGCAAAAGCAUGUCCCUCGCAAUCAUAGUUUGGUUCCGACAGGAGAAUUCAAGGUCCCGAAGUUCAAAAUCCUUUUUAAUUUUGAAGCACAAAAAGCACUCAAGGAACUGGGCUUAGUUUUGCCUUUUGAUCCAUCCAAAGCAGAGCUGACGGAGAUGGUGAAUAUUACCGGUAACCUUCAUGUUUCGAAAGUUUUUCACAAGUGUUUUGUUGAAGUUGAUGAAGAAGGAACUGAAGCCGCUGCUGCUACUGCUUUUGCGGGGGCGUAUGGGGCACGUGCGGCUCCAACAGUUGCACCACCUCCUCGUGUCGAUUUUAUGGCAGAUCAUCCUUUCAUGUUCAUAAUACGAGAAAUGCAAAGUGGUGCGGUGUUGUUCAUGGGGCAUGUCCUUAACCCUUUUUUACCUUUGUUAAAUUUGUGA